GGGCGGGUGGGCGGGGCAACCAGACAGGAGGCUUAGCCGGGCGUGUAGACUGCGGCCUUCCCCUGGUGACCCAGAGCUGUCAACCGAAGUGAUCCUGUCUCUGUGGUACUCGGACAGGACGGACCGCGGGGGCGGCCAUAACCAACCAAACAAAAAACACCUGGAAGUCGUCUCGGCUGCAGGCUUUUUUUUUGCCAGAAGACGAAAGAAAAAAAUCGGAAGUGACGUGGUGGCCAAAACAACCCGGGCCUGCACCGAGUCCGUGGCCUCCUCGAAGGUGAUCGCGAGUCGCCUCGCGCCCACCCUGUGAGCCUCCAACCUCUCCAGGCCGAGAGUGAGCGAGUUUCCGCCUGGGACAUUUCGAGCACAGCUGGGCAGCGGCGACGGAGCGGACUUCCCACUCUACAGGUCUCCCCUCCACGGGGCUCCUGUUCCGAGACGCUGGGAUACCUGUCGCCUGUUUUUCAAUAUCAAAAUUCUAGAAUACACUGGAUACUGCUCUAAAACCAAGAAGAAAUCAAGAAGAAAUGCUUUAAUAUUGAACUAUAGUUGAAAUCAUGGCUACAUCAGCAAAUCUGGAUAUUGGUGCCCAAUUGAUGGUAGAAGAGUGUCCCAGCAGUUAUAGUCUCUCUGGCAUGCCAGACAUUAAAAUAGAACACCCACUGGAUCCAAAUUCAGAAGAAGGAUCAGCUCAGGGUGUUGCCAUGGGAAUGAAAUUCAUAUUGCCUAAUCGAUUUGAUAUGAACGUGUGUUCUCGAUUUGUGAAGUCCUUAAAUGAAGAAGAUAGUAAAAACAUUCAAGAUCAGGUUAACUCUGACCUGGAGGUGGCAUCUGUCCUAUUUAAAGCUGAAUGCAAUAUCCAUACAUCUCCUUCUCCUGGAAUUCAAGUAAGGCAUGUCUACACUCCCUCUACAACAAAGCAUUUCUCACCCAUAAAACAGUCAACUACUUUAACCAACAAACACAGAGGAAACGAGGUCUCUACCACACCUCUUUUAGCAAAUUCUUUGUCUGUUCACCAGUUGGCAGCUCAGGGAGAGAUACUCUACCUGGCUACUCGUAUUGAACAAGAAAAUGUUAUCAAUCACACGGAUGAAGAAGGAUUUACUCCUCUGAUGUGGGCUGCAGCACACGGGCAAAUAGCUGUGGUAGAGUUUCUACUUCAGAAUGGUGCCGAUCCCCAACUUUUAGGAAAAGGUCGAGAAAGUGCACUGUCAUUGGCCUGUAGUAAAGGCUACACAGAUAUUGUCAAAAUGCUGCUUGAUUGUGGAGUUGAUGUAAAUGAAUAUGACUGGAAUGGAGGAACACCUUUGCUUUAUGCUGUACAUGGGAAUCAUGUGAAAUGUGUAAAGAUGCUCUUAGAAAAUGGAGCUGACCCAACAAUUGAAACCGACUCUGGGUAUAAUUCUAUGGAUUUAGCUGUAGCCCUGGGUUAUAGAAGUGUUCAACAGGUUAUUGAGUCACAUUUGUUGAAGCUGCUUCAAAAUAUCAAGGAGUGACAUAGUCCCCAGAAUAUGUUGUCUGCCCUUCCAUUCACUUUUGGAGUCCUUAUAAAUGAUAGUUUUGUUUACUUAUAAAUUUUUACCUCAGUUGCAAAAUUUUCUGAUUUUUAGUAAGUUUUAAUAAAUAUUCCUCUGGGUAAUUCACUGGUUUAUAAUAAAAUUAAUGUUGAUGCUUUUUUUUAUAAAUGUGUUUUACUAUAUAUUUAAAACUAUAAAUUAAUGUUUUGUGGCAUGUAAAUUUUUAUGGUACAGAUAGUUAUCUUUUAUCAAGUGCCGUAAUUUGACAUUUUCAGAAAUUAUUCUACCCUAUUCAUCUUCACUCUGUAUUAACUCAUUGAAUUUACAUAGAGUUUACUGUAAAUCCAUAGGGGGAAAAAAAUGUUACUGUUAAAAAGUGCACAGUGUGAUUGUUUACAAACUGAUGUUAUAAAUAAAUAAGUGGUUUUUCUGUCA